CUUCUUUGUAUACGGUCUUUGCCUCCACCUUCCCUUAUCCGCACUUAUCUUUCCCCUGUGAAGUCAUUCCAGCUCGGGAAGCGAGGCGGAGAGGAUGUUCCGUUCAACGUCGCAAUUCGAUCAGCUGCUCGACAAGGCCACGAGUCCCCUACUGCUCGAGGCAGACCUGGAAGCGACGCUAAGGCUCUGCGACUGCAUCCGACAGGGGGACACACAUAUGCCCUGAAAGCUCUCAAGAAGAAGCUGCACGACAAGAAUCCUCACGUGCACCUCUUCUCUCUGCAGGUGUUAGAAUCCUGGAUGAAGAAUUGCGGCGGACCGAUCCACGAAGAAGUCGCGACUCGGGCGUUCAUGGACGAGCUACAGGAACUCUUCCACGACUCCAACAACGAGAAGGUCCGAUCCAAAAUCCUGGAACUCGUCCAGGUCUGGGCCUACGCGUUCAGGAACGAGCCCCGCUACAAGAUCUUCCAGGACAGGGUGUUCGCACUGAAAGCGCAGGGCCUGUCCUUCCCGACGCUGAAAGAGAGCGACGCGAUGUUCUCCUCCUCCACCGCACCCGAGGCAUGCGGCCAGAUCUUCUGCGCCCCCUGCUCCAGCAACCAGGCGAUUCUGCCAAAAUUCGGAUUCGAAAAGGAAGUCCGCAUCUGCGACACCAAGUCCGAAGCGGAGCUGAAAGAGGAAGAGGACUUGCACCUCGCGUUGGCUCUUUCCCAGUCCGAAGCCGAAUCCAAGGAACAAAGAAUCGAGAUCUUCGUGAAUCGGAUGAGAGCAAACGAGUGUCGGGGAAGACACAUCGGGAACGAUUCCUUCGUCCAGACGCUCUUCCUCGACAUCACCUUGCUCUAUUCCAGGCUCGUUCGAGCCAUGGAGGAAGAAGAGAGAAAGCGAUAUCACUACGAGGGUCUUCAAGACAGACUGAGCCAGAUCCGGGACGCGAGAGCGGCGCUGGAUGCGCAGAGAGAAGAUCGCAGGGAGCGGCAGCGUCGAGAGGCGGAGGAAGCGCAGCGUCUCCGGCAGAUCCAGAUGGCGCAGAAGCUGGAGAUCAUGCGGAAGAAGAAACAGGAAUAUCUCGAUAUAGUACCAGCGGCUGAUGGCGAUGCAGCGAAUGCAGGAGCAGGAGCGCGAGAUGCAGACAAGACACGAGCAGCAAAAACAGGCGUACGAUACGGGACAGGCGCAGAUGCCCGUUCCCUACCCUCUGUCUCACGUCCCAUCCGCUUACCCCGUCCCACC